AGCUGCCCGCGAGAGAGCAAGAGCAAAGAAGCUCGUCGUCUUCACCCAAAUCUCUCUCCUCCUCCUCCUCGCUCCCACCACGCGCCCCUCGCUCCGGCAAAGAUGGCAGCUUCCAUCUUGGCUCGCAAGUCUCUCCAGGCUCUUCGGGCCCGUCAGCUCGUUGUAUCAGGGCAAGCAUUGCAAAACUUUCAGCCCUAUGGGCUUCGUGCCCAACCAUGCUCGUAUUCAUCUAAGAAAGAUGAUGAAGAAAGAGAGCAACUUGCUAAGGAAAUCUCCAAGGACUGGAGCUCUGUUUUUGAGCGAAGCAUCAAUACAUUAUUUCUCACGGAAAUGGUUCGAGGCCUGAUGCUGACACUCAAAUACUUCUUUGAACCGAAAGUGACAAUCAACUAUCCAUUUGAGAAGGGACCUUUGAGCCCCCGAUUUCGAGGUGAACAUGCACUUCGAAGAUAUCCAACCGGAGAAGAACGUUGCAUUGCCUGUAAACUUUGUGAAGCUAUAUGUCCAGCUCAAGCAAUUACCAUAGAGGCUGAGGAACGAGAAGAUGGAAGCCGCAGAACAACCAGGUAUGACAUUGACAUGACAAAGUGCAUCUACUGUGGAUUCUGUCAAGAGGCAUGCCCUGUUGACGCCAUUGUCGAGGGACCUAACUUUGAGUUUGCUACUGAGACUCAUGAGGAGCUUCUGUAUGAUAAGGAGAAGUUGCUCGAGAACGGAGACCGCUGGGAAACGGAAAUUGCUGAGAAUCUGAGAUCUGAGAGUCUCUACCGUUGAUGCCGUUUCCUGAUUUAGCUUCAACUUAUGCGGGUGUUUUUAUGUGAAAAUAAGGAGAUCUAUGUAUAGGUCUUGAGGGAAUCUAUUUUUGGGCUAUUUUACAUUGCGAACGAUCAAGAAUUUUCCUGUAUUACUCUUCUUCCUGCAGAGGCUGCUGCAUCAUGAGAUGUUUGAUAAUUUGACCUUAAUGUAAGGAAACAUUUGGUCUCUGUACAUUGGCUCUCAAGGCAAAAAGAAAAUGUCGGUUUUAGAACUGA